CGGAAAAAGAAGAAGAAAAAUAACAUAGCCUUUUUUCACCUAAUUUGUUUUGUAUUUUGCAUUAAUUUUCGGUUUUAUUUUUAAAAUAAAAAUAAUAAACUCAAAUAAAAAGAUAGAAGAAGGAAGAAAUAAUUUUAUAAUUAAUUUUAAAAUAUCAAUGGGCGAAAUGCUUAAACAACUACGAGAAAAAUCUCGUAAGCGCAAAAUGUUGUUAGCACAAACUUUUGGGGUAUCUGGUGCAGAAGAAUUGAGGACAGUUUUGGGAACAGGAGAAACAACACAUGAAAAGUCGGUUAGCAAAGAGAACACCAAUGACAAUGAAAAAUAUGAUUAUAAGAAUAAAGACUAUUCAGAUGAGCUCAUUUAUAAAGAUUCGUCCCUAUUUUUAAAGGGAACUCAGUCUUCCAAUCCCCAUAAUGAUUAUUGCCAACAUUUUGUGGACACUGGUCAGAGACCUCAGAAUUUUAUUAGAGAUGUGGGCUUAGCUGAUCGUUUUGAAGAGUACCCCAAACUCCGUGAACUGAUCAAACUCAAGGACGAAUUGAUUCAAGAAACAGCCACACCUCCAAUGUACCUCAAAUGUGAUCUAAUGAACUAUGACUUAAAAACUAUUAAUAGCAAAUUCGAUGUGAUAUUAGUUGAACCACCUUUAGAGGAGUAUCAAAAGACUAUGGGUGCCACAAAUAUGCAGUUUUGGAGUUGGGAACAAGUGAUGAGUUUGGAUAUUGGAGAGGUGGCUGCUCAGAGAAGUUUCGUGUUUUUGUGGUGUGGCAGCUCUGAUGGUCUUGAUAUGGGCAGGAUAUGUUUGAGGAAAUGGGGUUUUCGCAGAUGUGAAGACAUUUGCUGGAUAAGGACCAACAUAAAAAAUCCAGGUCAUUCAAAAAAUUUAGAUCCUAAAGCAGUAUUUCAAAGAACGAAGGAGCACUGUCUGAUGGGAAUUAAGGGCACUGUCAGGCGAUCCACAGAUGGGGAUUUUAUUCAUGCCAAUGUCGAUAUUGAUCUAAUUAUUUCUGAAGAAAAUGAGUAUGGGAGCCUGGAAAAGCCUGUGGAAAUUUUCCAUAUUAUUGAACAUUUUUGUUUGGGUCGAAGAAGACUUCACGUAUUUGGCAGGGAUAGCACAAUUCGCCCUGGAUGGUUGACAAUAGGUCCAGAGCUAACCAAUUCCAACUUCAAUUCAGAACUCUAUACAAGCUACUUCAAUCCUACUACUAUAACGACCGGUUGUUCUGACAGAAUUGAAGCUCUGAGACCUAAAAGCCCGCCAGCUAAGGGCAAGGGAAACUCGGGGAAUAGAGGGAGGAGUAGUUUUCAAAGGGGUAGAGGAAGAAGUCGCUAGUUUUUCUAUUAGUAUUAGGUAGUAGAUUGUUGCUAUAUUAAAAUACCUAUAAUGAUAUAAGUAAUAUUAAAAUGUGUUUUUAUAUUAAUGUGACUAAGUUUGGAGAAGCAAUUUUUUUAAUAAAAUAUAAAAUUAUC